GGCAUGUGUUGUCCCUUCUCUCUCUCUCUCUCUCUCUCUUUCUCGUUCGUUCCCCCACGCCUUCGUCCUCCUAAUUACUUAUAUUUUCUUUUCUCUUUUGCGAUUGCUACACGAUGCUGCGGCCCCCGCUCAAUUCCACGGCGAUUGUAGAAUAAGGGGAAUAAAGUAAGAAUAAAAGAAAGAAUAAGAGAGGAUUUAUCCGCACCAUCUUGUUAUUCGGAACCCCACCGCCGCAUGGAUACGCUCUUCCCGGGGGAGGUGGCGACGGAGCUGUUGAGGGAGCUCGCGAAGGUCGUGCGACGCGCCUACGGGUGCCGCGCCACGGCGGAGCAGCUGAAGCGCGGCGUGGAAGCGCUUCUGCCGAUCGUGCAGGAGAUCCGCUACGCCGGGGUGGAGCUGCCGCAGCCGCGGCAGCGCCAGCUCUCGGAGCUCGCGGAGCGCCUCGCCCGCGGCCUCGAGCUCGCGCGCGCCGCGGCGGCGGCGCCGCGGUGGAACGUGUACCGGUCGGUGAAGCUGGCGCGGGAGAUGGAGAAGGUGGAGCGCUGGAUCGCGCGGUGGCUCCAGCGCCAGAUGCCCGCGCACGUGCUCGCCGACGUGCACCACCUCCGCGUCGACGCCGAGGUGCGGAUGGAGCGGAUCGAGCGCCGCAUCGACCACGUGGAGGCCGCCGCCGCCGCCGCCGCCGCCGCGGCUGCGCCUGGGCCGGUGGUGGGGGUGAGGGCCCCGUCGUCGGCGGCGAAGGGGGCGGGGGAGAUGAUGAUGAUGAUGCAGGGGCUGGAGAUGGGGGUGGUGGUGGGAGGAGGGGAGGCGGUGGGGCCGCCGAUGAUCGGGGCCGGGGCUAGGGUUGGUAACGAGCGGGUGAAGGAGGUGUUGAUGGGGGGUGCGGGGUGGGGUGCGGUGGGGAUUUGUGGGAUCGGGGGCAGUGGGAAGACGACGCUCGCCAGGGAGAUCUGUAGGGAUCCACAAAUUCGACAUUACUUCAACAAUCGGAUCUUCUUCGAGACGGUUUCGCAAUCUCCGAACCUGGAGAGCUUGAAACUGAAGCUGUGGGAACAGAUCAGCGGAAACAUCGUUGUUGGUGCUUAUAACCAGAUCCCUGAGUGGCAGUUCAAGUUGGGACCGGUAGAGAGAGGGCCGAUCCUUGUAGUAUUAGAUGAUGUGUGGUCUCUGUCUGAGCUCGAAGAACUCAUCUUCAAAUUACCUGGGUGCAAAACCCUAGUCAUCUCCAGGUUCAAGUUUCCCACCGUGAUCCGCUAUACUUAUGAAAUGGAAAUGCUUGGAGAAGAUGAGGCUCUGUCCCUUUUCUGUCAUGCGGCGUUUGAGGAACAAUCUAUUCCUCCCACAGCUGAUAAGAAAUUGGUGAAGCAGGUCGUUGCAAAAUGCAAGGGGCUUCCUCUUGCUCUAAAAGUGAUUGGCGCCUCUUUACGGGGUGAGCCCCCAAAAAUAUGGGCAAGUGCUAAAAAUAGGUUAUCUCGGGGACAGACCAUAUCCGACACCCAUGAGAACAAACUACUAGAUCGAAUGGCCACAAGCAUCGAGCGCCUUUCAGGGAAAGCAAGGGAAUGUUUCCUUGACCUUGGCUCAUUUCCAGAAGAUAAAAAGAUCCCCCUCGAUGUUUUGAUUAAUAUUUGGAUGGAGAUACAUGAUAUUGAUGACGAGGAUGCUUUUGCAAUACUACUUGAGUUGUCAAAUAAGAACCUUCUCACUCUUGUGAAAGAUGCACAGAACAGAGGUGGAGAUAUCUAUAGCAGCUACAGUGAGCUCUCUGUUACUCAGCAUGAUGUGUUACGGGACCUGGCUCUUCACAUUAACAAUCGUGAGGCUUUGAAUGUUCGGAAGAGAUUGAUUAUGGCGAGGAGAGAAGAAGCACUUCCGCGGGAUUGGGAAAGGAACAAGGAUCAACAGUUUGAGGCUCAGAUUGUUUCAAUUCAUACAGGUGAAAUGAAAGAAUCUGAUUGGUUCCAAAUGCACUUUCCGAAGGCUGAAGUUCUCAUUUUGAGCUUUUCCUCAAGCAUGUACUUUUUGCCCCCAUUCAUUGACACCAUGCCGAACCUCAAGGCUCUGGUCCUGAUCAACUACGGCACCUCAAGCACGGAACUGGGCAAUCUAUGGGCCUUCACAACCCUUAACAACCUAAGAAGCCUCUGGUUUGAAAAAAUUAGGCUCCCGCCUCUACCAAGAACCACAAUCCCUCUUCAGAACUUAAGAAAGAUCUCUCUCGUGUUGUGUGAAACAAACAGCGGCCUUAACGAAUCGAAAGUGGACCUCUCAGUGACAUUUCCAAAGCUCUCAGAUCUCACCAUCGAUCAUUGCAUUGACCUAAAGGAGCUACCUUCAAGCAUUUGUGAAGUGCGCUCACUCAAUAGCAUAAGCAUUUCCAACUGCCAUGAUUUGUACGAGCUACCAAGUGAAUUGGGUAAGCUCGAAUCUCUCGAAAUACUUCGACUCUAUGCAUGCCCAUCUCUGAAGAGGCUUCCGCAGUCGAUUUGUCGGCUGAGAAGGUUGAAGUAUCUCGAUAUAUCCCAAUGCAUUAAUCUGGGAGAUUUACCGGAAGAGCUCGGUCACCUGACAAGCUUGGAGAAGAUCGACAUGAGAGAGUGCUCGCAGCUGAGGAAUCUCCCUAGGUCGUCGUCCUCACUCAAGUCUCUUGGCCAUGUCGUGUGUGACGAGGAGAUGGCUCUGUUUUGGAAGGAAGCGGAGCGGAACAUUCCGGAUCUCCGGGUUCAGGUAGCAGAAGUGUGCUACAAUCUAGACUGGCUUGUAGAGUAGCGGCCUCCAUUUGAUUCACUCCCCGUAGAUUACGUGACCAUGUACAACGAUGUAUAAUUAUUUUAUUAUAGUUUGGUUGUAUGAUAUAGCACUUAUGUAGUAACUUGUUGGCAUAGAAUCUGCAGAGACUAAUUUCUAUGAAAUUAUCCCGAGAUGGUAUAAGGCAUCACUUAUAGGUGUCUUUUUGUUUAUCUGAA